UCAGAAAGUGAAAUGCACUAACAGCCUAGGAUCUAGCAAUGAUGAAAGUGGCAACAACCAGCAGCAUAGAUGCAACAUUCACNAGAAAGGAAGGAGAGGAUGGAGAAGAGAGAGUUAAUCAAGCAGGCCAAGAUGCUGGCCCUGGUGGAGGAGCAGGAAGCAAAGAAGAAGCAGAUGGAGGAAGAGUUGCAGAAGUGGACGAGGGAGCAGGAGGAGAAGAUGGCGGCUAUACAAGCGGAGGUGGAAAAAGAAGAAGAAGAAGAAAAGAAGGUGGAGGAAGAAGUGUCGUUGGUAAGGAGAAGAGGUGAAGCCAACACGAGUAUGGAGGAGGAGAUUGAGAAGACAACACAAGAAUGGACCGCAAACUUGGAAUUGGGGGAAGAUAGGGAGGUCGAGCUGGCCAUACCCCAAGAAGAGAGAGAGGCGGCGAGGAGAGAGUUAGAGGCAGAGAGGGACCUGGUAAGGAGAAGAGCAAAGGAAGAAGAACAACAAAGGGCAUGGAAGUGGCGUUUGUCCCAAGAGAAAGUCAGGCGUUUGGAGGCGGCGGAGCGAGCAGAAAGGGACCUGAAAGCGGCAAAAGCCAGGAUGGGAAAGAUCAGGGUUGAGACCGAGCUAGCUACUAAACGGAGACACCUUAUGAAGACGGACAGCAGUGCACAAUGUCGACCACGAAUGCAGACAGUGCUGACCAUCGAGGUAUGGGCGCCAAACUUUGAGGGCAUGGAUGACGGCGAAAAGGUCCUUCUCAUUGGAGGGAUGGUUCAUCUCCACGAGGAUGAGCUUCUUGCUCGCAAAUGCGAUAGGAUAUUCGCCGAGUGGAGCCCCAGAGUGGGUGGCGGAAUCCUUGAUGGAGGGGGGGUUCGGGAUGUCGCAGGGGAAGUGUUGGGACAGGACGGCUCCAAUAGCAAAGCAUCACAAGGAACUCAUAAUGCCCAAAGCGAGAGCGGAGUGAGUAUCCUCUUCACGAAUGCGGAUCUGGUGGAAGCCACUUUGGAGGUCGAUCUAUGUGAAGUACUUGGCUCCAUGGAGGCGAUCAAGAAGCUUGGAGAUGUGAGGCAAGGGGUACUUGUUCUUGAUUGUGAUCCUAAUGAGGGCGCGGUAGUCUGUGCACAUGCGGAGUUUGGAGGUUCCGCCUUUCUUGACGAAAAGGCAACUUGUACUGAAGGGGGAGGAGCUUGGCUUAAUGAAUCCUUUUUCAAGGAGGUCAUUGAGUUGUCGCUUCAUUUCUUCAGCCUUUGGAACGGAGAGCUGGUAGGGUGGUCGGCAUGGAGGAGUGUGACCGGGUUCCAAACCAAUGACAUAUUGGACGAAGCGGUCGGUGGGGGCGUUUUGGCGAAGCCUGCAAAACUGGUUGACAUAGUCGUCGAUUGUCUUUUGCGGGCGGAAGGUGGUGGAGAGGAGGGAGGCCCGCUCGAGGAAGGAGAGGGGAACAGAGAUGUGUUGGUGAGGAGGGAGGGAGGAAAGGUGUGUGAUGGCGGGGUGAAAGUGGAGGAAGUGGAGGGUGGGGUAGAGUUGUUGGAGGACGGGGUGGUUGAUGAUGACAAAGGAGGAGGAGAGGUGCAGGGAGGCGUGGUGGUGGAGGUCGGAGUGGAGGAGGUGGGCGGUUCGGAUGUGGAAGGGGGUGGAGUUGUACUUAACACGGUAAUGGCCUGGGCUUGUUGCUCGAAGGCGGUCAUGCGGUCGGAGAGAGCGGAGAUAGUGGCUUGCAUGUCGGUGAGGGAGGUUUGGACGGUGGAGAACAUUUGGAGGAUGGCCGAGAGGUCGGUGGCGAUGGCGGGACCGGCUCGUUGUUGGCCUGCAAAUUCACAGGCGAGACUACCGACAGACUGGGUGUGCGUGGGGGACAUGUUGAUACUAGAGGAAUCAGCCAUGGGGGUGGUGGGGGGUGAUGCGGUGAAGGCAGCGAUGGAAGUGGCAGCAGAGGAUGAGGUGACAGCGGCGGCAGUGGUUGAAGUGGCAGCAGCGGAUGAGGUGGCAGCGGCUUCAGCAACUUUGCUCGAGUGGGUCUGGUUCCCGAUGGGGAUUUGUAAUGCGCCUGCUAUGUUUCAACGAGCCAUGAAUGUGACGUUUCAGAACUUCGUCAACAAAACACGACUGAAUCAAGGAAUGAUCAACUUCUGCGUCAUCGUGUACAUGAACGACAUCUUAGUCUACUCGGAAACCUAUCACGGGCACGCACAACAUAUCAAAUGGACACUGGGAGCUCUGAGAGACGCUGGGUUCAAGAUCACGCUCGAGAAGAGCGAGUUUUUCCUAUCAGAGAUCUCGUUCUUGGGCUACGUGGUGACGCGGGGAGGACUGCAGCCAGAUUCGAGAAAGGUCGCGGCGGUGAAGGAUGCCCCCGUCCGCACAUCGUUGACCUACCCAUCGCAUGCCGAGUACCUGAACCCCCGUGGGAUCAUCGGCUUCCUCUUCUUUUCGCCUCGAACAACGGUGGAAGAGAGAGCCGUGGCAGAGGAAGCGGAGGUGGAAGACGAAAGCGAAGAAGGAAUCGCGGAGGAGGAAGGAAGUUACACGUUUGACGGACGAGAUGUAAACAUCCUGCCCUUUCACUUCAGUUUGAUUGCAGACUAUAUGACACAUCCUGGUGCCAUUGUGAAACAUAAUGUGUUUGGAUACAAGGAAUUUCUCGGUCAUUGCAGCAUCAAGGCUCCAUUCAGUGUCGCCUGCUAUCAGGAUCCGGGUCGUGCAUUCCUUGACGCUGCUGCAAAGGGCAUACAGGAGAGCCCUCUCCUGUCACAGGCAAAGAGCGGGCUAGGUGGUAAAGUUCCAUUUGGCACAGGUGGAUACUUUGACAUCAUGAUGGAGACCAAAAGGACGAGUGAUUUCCCUGACGUGUCACGACGUAAUCGCAGCACAUCUAAUACCGAAAGUGAAGUUCCAUCACCUGGCAUUGAGCUGGGCAGCAAAGUUGAGGAGGCUUACAGGAAUUUGCAAGCUGCAGGAGACGAGGAAGAGAAUGACGUAUCUCUCAGUACGGCGCAUGAUUGUCCAAUUGAUGAUUUCGGCUUUCAAGAUGCACCACCUGUCAUGCAUCGCCGCGGUGCUGAUCUUGACAUAUGCUCUCCCAGUAGCUCAGGGGCUGGGUUAUCAGCUGUGCAGGGCAAUGGGGGGUACCAGAACCGUGGAAACCCUAAUCCAUCACAAAGACAUAUUUCUUCAAAUGACAAGGAUCAGCCUAAGGAUUCUGAAGCUGAGUGGUCUACAGUGACUGGUCAGAGGGACCAAAAUUUUACUCAAACAAGCGGUAAUCAAGUCGACCGGCAUGCUCUUGCGGUACAGUUAAGGCAGAUAUUAAGGAAUUGGAAGUUUGGUCCUGAAGUCAUGCUGGCAAAAGCAACAAAGGUGGAUGAAGAGUUGGGAAGACAGAGUAUGAAGGCGGCAAAGAGAUUCGAGAGGGAGGAAGCUGAGGCUCAUGAUAGAGGGACGGAAUUUGCCAAAUGCAACUUGAGGGAAGAAGAAGAAGAGGAGGAGGAGGAGGAGGAGGAGGAGGAGGAGGAGGAAGAAGAAGAAGAAAAAGAAGACGAUGCAAACAGAUGGGGGAGAAGAACACGAAUGUGUCCCAAUGGUGUGAGUGUUCAGAUGAAGGACUUGGUAAAGAGGAGCCAGAGUAAGCAUGAAAAGAUGCAAAAGGUGCAUAUCAACAGAGAUCAGGGUGAUCAUGGACUCGAAGGUCAGGUGCGAAGACCCAGUACCAGGAGGAAACACAUCGGUCAUGCUCAUCGGGAAAAGAGAUGGGUGAAAAGGAGAGAUGCAAGGCCUCCUCCAGCUCAUGGAAUUGUGAAUGUAAAGAGUAUGAAGAGGGAGAAGGAGAUGAAAGAAAUGCGGCCUGCAAAAGAUAUCCAGAGCAAGAAGGAAGUUUUCAUUGCUGACUUCACACGAACAUCCAGGAUUCUUAAUGAUCGAUAUCAGCAAGGAGAAUUUCUCAGCGAGGACGACCAGGAGUUCAUCCUCAAUGCAGUGCUUCCUUAUCAUCCGAAGCUUUGUGAGAAGAUCACAGCUGGUGUUGACAUGAUUCAGCAGCUGGAGCAACGACCUGUCGCCGCCCCCGAUGACAGCUCCUCCAACACCUUCGAUCACCUCAAUGCAUUGGAGAUCGACGUCGGAGCCCUCAAGGACGACACGCAGCUACAGCAAACCGCCAGGCAACAACUGGAGCAGCAGAUCUGUGCUGCCGCCACCAACCCAAGUUCGGCACCGCGCGAGACGACUCCAAGGUUCGAUGAUCAAAAGAUUUUCUGCGAUUCGACGAAGACGGACCCGAUUCCGUGGUUCCGCAAGUUCGAGCUCAAGUUGCAGCUACACCACAUCAGUGAGGACAAGCAUCACGCAUACUUAUACUCCCGGUCGGGAGGCGCAUGCCAAUCAUGGUUGGAUAAUCUCUUGUCCAAGUACGGAGUGGUAGCUGUCGACUUAUACACCAAGAUCAGUUGGGAUGAUCUAAAGGCGACAUGGCAUAAGCGGUUCCAAGUAGAGCCGCCGGAGAUCAAGGCAAUGGACAAGUUGAUGACCUUCGAACAAGGCAUGCUGUCGAGUAUUGACUGGAUUGCCGAGUACCAACGCUUGACAUCCGUCCCAGACAUUCAAAUGGGCUUCAAGGUUGUCAAACACUACAUCUUUAGGUCGUGUCCGGCGUUGGGCAACGCCUUGACUCACGUCGAGGACACCCUGAUGACAACGGUGGAGCUCUUCGACAAGGCCGCACAGAUUAUUGUCACGGACAAGGAGGCUAAGAACCUCCACCGUUCGUCUGCGACAGGCCCAAGCAGAGAUCAGCAUCGAGCGAAAGUGGUCGUGGUCGUAGCGGCAACGCCAACCGACGAAUCUAGCGAGGCCGUGCCUGUCAAUGAAGGGGACAGACUCGCAGCCGCCCGGGAUGGUGGCUGCCCCGGCAAAGGCCGAGGACGUGGCAAGACGAAGACAAACACCAUUUCGAUCCGGCCGAACGAUCGCUACAAAUCCGCGUUCAAGACGUGGUACGGGCAUUUUGAGUGGGUGGUCAUGCGACUCAUGCCUUUUGGCCUCACCAACGCCCGAGCGACCUUUCAAGCGGCAAUGACCAACAAGUUAUGUGCAAUGUUGGACCGGUUUGUGCUGGUCUACUUAGACGACAUUCUCGUUUAUAACCGGACAUUGGAGGAUCAUCUUGAGCACCUCCGACGAGUCUUGGAGACGCUCCGCCGCGCCAAGUGCAAAGCCAACCGCGACAAGUGCAAAUUUGUCCGGCAAGAGCUGGAAUACCUGGGCCAUUUUGUCACACUGGAGGGCACCAGUCCACUUAUCCUUCCAAGGAAGAAGUCUCCUAGGACGAAGGUGAAUGUGCUGACAGAAAUCAGGAGCUACAUCGUUGACUCUGUAGACGACAGUGAGGAAGUGAAAGAUGAGGCAGAAAAGCUCAUAGAGGCGAUUGAGAAGAGGAAUAAGGGCAAAAGGGCUACAACCGACAAACAUGUGGAAGCUGCAAGCACUCGGAAGAAGAUUUCACCAAUGAAAGGAAAAGAGAAGCAAGUCGAGGACGAAGGGUUUGUUACACCACUGAGAAAACCCUUUGCUGCUUUUUGCUUGAGUGAAGGCAUGGUGGACUAUGCUCUCGCACAAGUGAGACUUCUCAACAACCUCAAAUUGCAGGAGAUUCGUAAGAUCUGAGAUCGAGAGGGGGUUGAGUACGUAGUCAAAGACCAGGCUGUUGAGGAGCUCGCGAAGAACAGGACCAA